AUGGAAGACGACACGUCAUCUGGCACGUACCAAAGUGACCUCGUUUCCGAUGAUUCAUCUAUUUAUGUACUGGCCGAUGAACGGCCAUCACGGUCGCCAUCCUGGUUUCUAGAGUUGCCCGCUGAAAUCAUCCACUGGAUCCUCUCUUAUCUCUCAGCACCGGAUCUCGCCCGUGCCUCAGCCACUUGCCGAGCUCUUGUCGAUCAUGGAUCCAGCGAUCUGCUGUGGGCUGGGCUUGUUAACGCAAGAAUCCCGCACCCCAUUGAGCAUCCAGGCGUUUUUCAAUCCUUCCGUCGUCUAUAUCUUGCGUACCAUCCCUGCUGGUUUAUACCGCAACACAAGGUCUGGUUCGCGGACAAUGAGAACACGGGUUCCUUAAUCUUGGCUCGAUAUGAUAACCGCCGAGGCGUGGUUGAAGCAUACCGCAUUCUCGCAGAGCGUGGCACUCCCUCAUUCGAUGUCUGGGAGGCAAACCCAGAUGUUAUAAUUCAAUCUUUCGAUCCCCGGAUUCAUUUGUGGCUGGACGAUCCUGUUUUAUUCCUCAAAGACCCGGAACCGUCCUCUUCGACAGCGCCAAUUCAAGCUUUAGGUUAUUUGUCCGCGGAGCGUCGGAUGCCAAUGGCUUUGGAGGCACAACAUGUAUACAGUGCGAUCUCAUUCUGCUCCAAUACGAAACCAAGUUCCGAUGACUUCUGGCCACCCUCAAUCAUCCCCAGCGAUUCACGAGUAAGUCGUGACCUCAGAAAUCACCCAGAAGAACCGGGGUGCCCCCAGGUUCCAAAGUAUAUUUCGGAGCUGUCGGAGUAUGCUUUUCGUCUGAGAAAAUGGGCGAAUUACCGGCAUGUGUUCUCCUCGGGCCCAAGAGAGGCCACUGUUACAUAUUCAACUCUUGACCCGAGCCUUUACACCCCCACAAAGAAGAAGCCAUACCAGGGAAUAUGGGUCGGCGACUAUUCAGCUCAUGGGUGUGAGUUUCUUCUGUUUCGUCAAGUAGAUCCAAUUUCCGAAAGCGAGGAUCCAGAUGAGACCGCAGAUUCUACAGAGAUCGUGCAACAAGGUCGCCUGGAAGCCAUCAAGCUCACAGGUGAUCCCAACGUUCCUCGAGGCCAGUACUCAUUUAUCGCGGAGGACAUUGGCCCCAAAGGUUUGAUUCGAGUAACGACGGACGAGCCUUUUGCGGGUUCCCGUAUUGUCCAUUGCGAGGGACAUGUAGCGGGACUAGGGUUCCGAGAUGACUGCUAUAUAAAAUCCCAGUUAAUUCUUAUGUCUCCCGACUUUAUUGGCCACUAUUGGGAGGAAAUGGGCCAUAUCUCCUACUACCGACGUGUGGAUAUUGAUGGUCUUUUGAAGACCUGA